AUGGUGCUAAUGCACCCGACGGGUAUCUUUACCAACCCGUAUGCCAUUGAGGUGCUUCAGAGGAAGAAAAGCGAGCUGGUGGCUGGGAUAGCCAACACAGACCACCUGCUCGACUGGCUGAUUGAGAACGGUCUGGUCUCUGCGGACAAGAGGUUGGCCGUGUCGAGUUACCGGACGCGGGAGGAGAAGAAUGCCAGGCUGCUGGAGAUGCUGGUGUCUCGAGGGGAGAGGGCUUGUCGGCUCUUCUUCUACCCCUGCCUCAAGCGCGUGGAGCCGGCUUUGUACAACCAGAUAAGGAGCUAUGUCAGCGAGGUGUCCGGCAGCUUUGGGGACGCCAGGAGGCAGUUGGUGGGUUACCUCCUGGAGAGGGACAAGGACGAGGUGCCCAGGAGCCGCCGGCAGCGGGAGGAGGAGGAGGAGGUGGCCCCGAGCUCGCGGCCGGUCAAACCGAAGCCGCGGGAGCCGGUUAAACCGCGAGACUCCGAGGAGCUCUACCGCGCCGCAGCCCAGGGGGACCUUCCCGGGCUGGAGCGAGCCUUGCAGGAUGCGGACGUUAAUGCGAUCAACGCGUCCAACGAGACGCUGCUGCACGUGGCCGCAGCCCACGGACAUGCCGUGAUGGUGAGCUAUCUACUGAGCCAAGGGGCCAAGAUGGAGGCGAGGGACAGCAAGGGGAGGUCGCCUCUGCACCGGGCGGCCGAGGAGGGGCAGGCGGAGGCGAUCAGAGCCCUACUGGCGGCCGGGGCCCAUAUCUACGCCAUGGACUCGGACUCCCAAACGCCCUUACACCUGGCCGCUCCCCACCAGAGCCACUCGGCAGUGGUGAAACUGAUGCUGAGGGAAGAGGGGAAGAGGGCCGACUGCAAGAGUUCCUUCCUGCACAUGGCAGCCCAGAGGGAUGAGAGCGGCUUCGCCAGGACCCUGCUCCGGCACGGGGCACCGGUGGACGCCAAAGACGGGCGGCGGCACCAGACGCCGUUGUUCUACGCAGUUUCCCGGGGGCACAUUAAUACGGCCAAGGUGCUGCUGGAGGCCGGCGCACAGGUGGUGGACGGCGCGGGUCUCAUCGACGCGGCCUUCUCCACCGGGGAUCAGGCGCUGAUCGCGCUGAUGUUGACGCAAGCCCGCGAGGUCGGCCCUGCCACCAUCUUCCGGGCGGUGGAGAGGGACCUGCCCAAGGUGGUGGCCGCCCUGGCAGAGAUGGGCGCAGACGUCAACUCUCGGGACGGGUCGGGCCGCACGCCGCUGCUGAUGGCGGCAGAACGGGGCAUGGCGGAGUGCGCCACGGUCCUGCUAGAGAAAGGGGCGCAGCUGAGAGACCGGGCACCAGAUUUGAGCAGCGCCUUGCACCUGGCAGUAAUGUCCGACUCCCCCUCCCUCGUCCAUCUGCUGCUGGAGAAGGGGAUGGACCCCAACAUCACUGGGGCUGGGGAGCAGACACCUCUGCACCUGGCGGCCCGUCACGACCGGUACAAAAUGGUGGACGUCUUGAUCGGGGCAGGGUCGAAGCCCAACUCAGCAGCCGUCUUAGGAGCGACACCGUUGCAUGUGGCCUCACGCUGGGGCAGCCGCCAGGCAGCCGAGCGACUGAUCGCCAACAAGGCUGACAUUAACGCCAAGGACAGAGAUGCCAGGAGACCCCUGCACUUGGCCGCUCUGGUGGGCGAUACUCCCAUGGCUGACCUUCUUCUGUCCAACCAUGCAGAUGCCAACCCACUGGACAAGGAAAAGAAGACGCCGCUUCACUUGGCUGCUAGCGAGGGACACUUGGACUUCGUGUCCCUCAUGUUGAUCAGAAAGGGCAAGUUUGGUGCCAAGGACAUGGACGGCAACACGCCUAUGCUUUACGCGGCCAGCAAAGGCCAUACCAGUGUGGUCAAGGCCUUUUUGUUGGCCGGCAGGAACCACAACGUAAACGAUAAGAACGUUUGGAGGAGGACGGCACUGCAUUUGGCGGCGGAGCACGGUUCUGAGGACCUGGUGGAGUUGCUGUUGAUGAGUGGAGGGGCCAUCGACGCCUUGGACAAUGCCAAGGACACGCCCUUGCACUGCGCCUGCAGGUCAGGCAACGUGGGGGCAGCCCACAGGCUGGCCAACUGGGCGGGAGGCCAAAAGGCCAAGUUCCACGUGACCAACAAUGUGAGGAAGACCCCACUUCAGGUAUCAGAGAGCGGGGAUAGUGACGGGCACCGCCAAAUAGUGGUCCUGCUGAGGAAGAAAAUGAUGUUGACCAGAUAGC